GUUAAAGUCGGCUGCCGUUAUGAAUGUAUCUCAACGUUUUUCUUUAUGCAGUAAAAUUAAUAGUUUCUGAUCGAAUUCAUCCUUUGUAUCAUAUGAACUGUAGUCAGUGGGCAAAGACUAUGAAGAGACGACGAUCCAUGUGGGUGGAGUUGACUAUCAUUGUGAGAACUCAGGCUCAAUCCGGUGUACAUCUGGUUAUAAAUAACCUUAAUGCAAACUUCAGAUCACAGAUAUCAGAAUGAGUAUUAGUUGUUUUUAUAUAACAUCUUUAUAUUCACAUAUCUGUGUUACAAUGCUUGUUCGGAAGGUUAUUUCUGUGGCAAACUAUGGUAAGUAGUAAUUUCCUGCUCAAAUUCACCAAAAUACUGACUUAAUGACAAAAUCAAUGUAGGACCUCGCAUGCAGGCUCACUGGUUCAAGUUACCACACUUGACAAUACAGAAAGAACAGGUGGGUGGGAAGGAGUAGUAUCAAAGAUAUCAAAGGUAGUGUGGGAGAAUGAACAAUGUGAAGAUAAAGGUUGAUGGUUUUGAUUUCACAUUCUUUUCCAAUGUCCAGUUGCAUCCAGAGUGAGAACACAAACCGUAGUGGUGAUACAAUGGUUGAUCAUUAUUGUAACUCGUUGAAUAUCCUGAAAGAAAAAGUUAUGACCCUUAUAGAACAUUAUCACUCCGUGAUUGUACAAAAAAUGGAGUGUGAUUUGGGAAACUUACUCACAUAUAAUGCUGAUGGAUUUCAAAGUCAUUUGGCAGAUGUAUUUUCCCAAUUAAAUGAUGUUGAAGUUCAGUUGAAUAACUUGGAGGCAUGGGCUGGUCUGCCUCCGGAAUGUUUCACUUCAGCUAGUAUGAACUGUGGUGUCCCAGAUCCCGACCAGGCGUCUCAUGAGGCACAAACUCUCGUAGAGGCUAUCCGACACUUACAAAUUGAGUUACGUGGAAUGGUAACAAAACCUACCAAUCAUAAGUUUACCGUAAGUGGUUCAGCAUCAGUCUCUACGAAUGAAAAAAAUGAUAGUUAUCAAGCUCAUACUCCUUAUUCAGCUGCAAAUACAGUGACAGGACAAAGUCCUGUUGUAUGUUCAUCCAUGAAAUCAGAUACUACACCAUAUUUUAUUCAGUCUAGUACAAAUAUCUCACCGUCUACAAAUGAUGCAAAUCAAAGGUAUUCUGACUCACUACCACAAGUGCCAUCUUGUUUUUCUUCGAAUGAAGAAAGCCGUAUCUAUCCUUAUCCAAGCAAUCGAACCUCAUAUAAUUCUAAUACCAGUUCGUUAACUCGUUCACCAAGUAUUGAGAGACGCCAACAGCCUGUUGCCUCAGCUGAUACUUAUCGCACUUUAUCUGGGCACCACUCAUCAGUUUCUCCUUCUAUCCCGCCACAACAUUAUGUUCCUGCUCAAUACAGCGGACAUUUUCCUAUGUCUACCUCUGUUGAAACAAUCCCUUCUAACCGAAUAAAUUCAGAAGCAUAUUUACAACAAGCAUCACCGGCUACCUUACCAAGAACUGGUGAACUGUACCCACCGAGACCUUCACAGUAA